GGUCUGCCGGCGAGCAGUGCGGAUGCGUCGUGAAAGGAUCUGAUUGCUGUUGCCCGCAAAUAUUUGCUGGCACGACCGCGAUUUGCCCCACCGUCGGUGCCACGGUAACGCACGGCUCCCGCGGACAGAAACCACCUCCCCUCUGCCCGGCCCGACGACCCUCCCUCCCGAACGGUUACCCGGUGUUCUACCAGCGCCGCGGCGGUUCCCCUCUAUUGAUCGAAUUUGACCUGCGAAGUUUCCCCUAGCGUGUGCGGUAGUGGCGGCCGGCAGUGGCUCUCGCGCUUACGUUGCUCGGUUAGUGCGGUAAAUAAUCGCGAUACCUCGGCAUGGCUACUCCGACCGCUUGCACGCGGUUUAGUGACAACUACGACCUUAAGGAGGAACUGGGCAAAGGUGCCUUCUCGGUAGUGCGACGAUGCGUUCAGAAGAGCACCGGUCACGAGUUUGCGGCAAAAAUUAUAAACACGAAAAAGCUCACGGCCAGAGACUUUCAGAAGCUCGAACGUGAGGCGCGGAUAUGCAGGAAAUUACAGCAUCAAAAUAUCGUGAGAUUACACGAUAGCAUACAGGAGGAAAAUUACCAUUACCUUGUAUUUGACUUAGUGACUGGCGGAGAAUUGUUCGAGGAUAUCGUGGCGCGAGAAUUCUACAGCGAAGCGGACGCAUCACACUGUAUCCAACAAAUCCUGGAAAGCGUACACCACUGCCAUCACAAUGGUGUUGUGCACAGGGACCUGAAACCCGAAAAUUUACUCCUCGCGAGUAAGGCGAAAGGCGCGGCUGUGAAAUUAGCGGAUUUCGGAUUGGCGAUCGAGGUGCAGGGCGAAGCACAAGCAUGGUUCGGUUUCGCCGGGACGCCCGGUUACCUCAGUCCGGAAGUCCUCAAGAAAGAACCAUACGGCAAACCCGUCGACAUUUGGGCAUGCGGUGUCAUUCUUUACAUCCUCCUCGUCGGUUACCCGCCUUUCUGGGACGAGGAUCAGCAUCGACUGUAUGCGCAGAUCAAGGCUGGAUCGUACGACUAUCCAAGCCCGGAAUGGGACACCGUCACGCCGGAAGCGAAGAACCUAAUCAAUCAGAUGCUGACGGUGAACCCCAGCAAAAGGAUCACCGCCAGCGAAGCGCUGAAGCAUCCCUGGAUCUGCCAACGUGAACGCGUUGCAUCUGUCGUCCACAGACAAGAGACUGUGGACUGUUUGAAGAAAUUCAACGCAAGGCGCAAAUUAAAGGUCGCUAUUCUGACGACCAUGUUGGCGACGAGGAACUUUUCCAGUAAGUAUGAUGCACAGGGUCGGAGCAUCAUCACGAAGAAGGGCGAUGGCUCUCAGGUGAAGGAAUCGACCGACAGCAGCACAACGAUCGAGGACGAUGACGUUAAAGAGGAUAAGAAGGGCGGCGUCGACCGGAGCAGCACGGUCAUCGCCAAAGAACCGGAAGGCCCCGCCUCCCAGGGCACACCUCCGAACAGUCCUGCCGCUGUGUCCGCGUUCUCCAGGGUAGUCGGGGCAGCGAGCCAGACGAACAAGCAAAACCAGGUUCAAGGAAAUCCUCUUGGGAUUGCCGCGGUACUCCUGCAGGGAGCACAAGCUGGCAGUGCAGGAAGCGGUAGCAGCAGUGGUAGCAGCAGCAACAGCCAGAACAGCCAGACUGGCGCAUCACCCUCGUCACCGGCGGCCGUCUACAUCGGCAACAACAACGCGGCGACGCCCAUCGCAUCGUCGCGACGCUACGACUCCGCGAGUAACGAACCGGAUGUACGCCGGAACACCGGUGCUGGAUACCGGCAGCUUGGUCUAGUCGAGUGCAACGAACCGGAAGACGGUAAGAAGAGAACCAACGCCGAAAUAAGAAUCGUGUGUCCUAUCAAGACCUGCAGCCAGCUAUCGACGAACUCCCAGUGUUCAGCACGCCGUCAGGAGAUCAUCAAGAUGACCGAACAGCUGAUCGAGAGCAUCAACAUCGGCGAUUUCGAGGCGUACACGAAAAUUUGUGAUCCACAUCUGACCGCGUUCGAGCCAGAGGCUCUAGGUAAUUUAGUCGAGGGAAUGGAUUUCCACAAAUUUUACUUUGAUAAUGCAGUCCUGGGGAAAAACUGCAAAGCCGUCAACACGACGAUCCUGAAUCCUCAUGUGCACCUUCUGGGCGAGGACGCAGCGUGCAUCGCGUAUGUCAGGUUGACACAGUACAUGGACAAACAAGGGGUAGCACACACUCAUCAGAGCGAGGAGAGCCGCGUGUGGCACAAGAGGGACAACAAAUGGCAAAACGUGCAUUUCCACCGAAGCGCGGUAACAGGUCCGUCGCCGUUCUCCUUCAACCACAAGUAAAUUGCGAUCUAUGAUAAUAGAUAAACGUGGGAGGAUGUAGAAGCAAAAGAACAAGAGGAAGAAGAAGGGCCGAUGUGUCGGUGGACGCUCGUCGCCUUGACACUUGGAGCGAACGAAACCGUGCAACAACACCUUAAACAACACACAUAUACACACGAACAUAAACCUACACUCGCAGAGAAGCUAUCAGACUACAACCUUUCAAUCGGAUAAAUAGAUAAAUACAUAAUGCAGGCGUGUAUCUAUUUAUUUAUUUAUUUAUCGUAACACGUACACACUUAGUAUUAUAAGCGCGACAAAAGGAGAGAUGGUGUAAGGAAGGCCGCGAUAGUGUCGGAAUAAAGAAAAUUCGACGUUUUUUAAAAUCGCGAACGGUACCUGCUCAGCGUACUUACCACGAAAUAUCGCGCUCCGUGCCGCAGCAUCGACGAGAGGAUGAUUUCCGGUGAAGAGAAGAAGGAAACCUAGACAAACUUGUUUGCUCUUCAUGAAUUAAUAAAAGAACGAAGACGUAUAGAGCGAUGGAAGAAAUUAAACAGAGUAUACUCGAGGGAAGUUUUAGUAAUGUUCAAGUUUUAGGACGAAGAUAUCAGAGAAAGAAACAACAAUGAGUCGAGAAAGAAAAUGUAGUCAUGAAAUUUGAAAAGAAGAAGAGCUUGUACUAAGUUCAAUCUUGAGGAUCGUAUCGGAGAGAAAAAUUAAAUGAAAAAUAAGAGAAAGAGUGAAAUGUUCCGAUCGCAUCGAUGCUGGACAUCGAGGGGGUCAGCGGUGAACGUCGGUUGUAAUCAAGGAAAAAAGAGCGGAAGUUGAAGUGUGCACGGAAGAAGGGAAGUGGCGAUGCGGUGGUUACGACCAUCGAGAAAGAUGGCUCCGGCACGUCGGCAACCACGUAUUUAGCUCGUAACGAUAGUCGCUGUACAGAACAAUCUUCCAUUGUAACUUUCUUCUUCGAAUUUUCGUUCUCGUCUCUCGCUACGACGAAUCCCAUGUAGAUUCGCGCGUGUGCGCUCACACACACACCCACGCCCACUUGAACACUACAUACAAUCGCUAGUUAUUGUUCCAAUAACAAGAGUUUGAAAAUAAUGGAUCUGUUAAUUUUUAUUUAAUAUAUAUGUUACAUAUAUGUAUACAUUCCAAAAUUCAUCAAGAUUAAAAUGAUUAAAUUCAAUGAAUAUUUUGUGAAGCUAUUGAGAAUUGAUUUAAAAAUUGAUGCUUAAAAUUGAUACAUUGAUAAUUUUGAGUAAAUAAGCACCAGAAUGAGCUGGAAACGAAACUUCUUCCUGAGAAUAGAAUGUUGCAACAGCUACACACAUAGAGUGGAUGAAAAAAGUAUUGACACACAUAUGAUUCUAUCAAUAAUCUUUAUUGUUCUCGCAGAAGUCGAUACUUUUUUGAUUCACGUACACAUGUACACGUAUAAAUAAGAGGAUACGCGCGAUUGUCCGAGAGGGAGAGAAGAGCGAUGUUUAAACGUUGUUACCUCAUCGUCGUAAGGCAAUUUCGCGACUAGCGAAAUCCAUUUAAUUUCACCAGUCGAUUGUCGAGUCCCCUAGAGCACAUGGUGGUCGAACAGGGAGAAAUUGCAGUUAGACCUAGAAGAAAGUACAGAAACCGAGGGUAAAGAAAAUGAAAUCAGAGAUGUAACGAAGGGCUACGUUCACUGAGACGGAUGGAUAAAGAAAGGAAGACGAAGAGGAACAGAGAUCCACUUCGGACGUACGUCGGAUAUAAAAAUGAAGAGGGACAAGUGAAGUAGAUUUAGAUUAGAAAUUAGCGGGGAACUUGGGUGAUCUACGAUUGAACACUUUCUUCGUCGAAUUUAAAUCUUCAUUAAAUGAUAGGGAGAAGGAAGCACGAUGGAUCUUUCUACACGUUCGUACAUCCUCUAUUAAUUACUAGAUACGACUUUACGAGAGUAUAAACAAGAUUAUCUAGAAAAAGAGAUACCAAUGCAUGUUCGGCGGUGGGGACAAGGAUGGAUUAAACGAAAGAAAAGAAGAAAGGGUGCGAAGCGAAGAGGGGUCUCCAUCCGCGAGAAUAUCGAAGGAACAUUUUUAUUUAUAUAUAUAUAUAUAUAUGUUACAAUAUGUAUAGGGGCGCGCUCGCGUGCAUUCGCGCGAAAAUGAUGCACGCGCGUUUCUAGCGUUCUCGAACCGGGACUUCUUGAAGAGUUUACCGCGGUUCCGAGAAGUCUGCGGGAGUCGCGGAUCCGAUUUUAGUGGAUAAUCUUCUAUUUUAGUAUCUCUCUACUUUCUACUCGGAUAUGUUAGGCAAACGUGGAUUGCGUUUCACGUUUCACGUUUCAGAUUAAUGAAAGAGUGUUCCAUUUUACGUUGAUUCGUAGUUUGCGUUUUAGUAUCUUGCGGUUCUUGUAUCUCAUGAACGUAGAAUCGCGAAUUUAGUACCUUCGAGAUACUAGUAUCUCGCGAUUUUUGUGUACCACGAGCGUAAUCUUGCGACUUCUAGUAUCUGUUCGGUGUAACGCUGCGAGUCUAGUAUCAACAGAAUUCCACAGUUUUGUGAUACCAGUAUUCUCACAAAUGUAAUACUGCGAUUCUAAUAUCUUGAGAGUAUUUCGCGGUUUUAAUAUCUCGUGUAUGUGAUUUCGCGAUUCUAGUAUCUCAUGAGAGUAACCUCGCGAUUAGAUUGAUUUCGAAUGAGGAACGGAGCGGAUUUGAGCGGUUCCCGCGACUUUGCUUCCGCGAAAACGCGCGUACACGUGUGUGUAGGCGCACGUGCACGUCCCGAAACCUACCGCGUAUGUAUAUUGAUACACAGAUAGCAAAAGGGAGUGGAAGACGACGAUGAUAAUGAUGGUGAAUAUGAUGAAACGAUUUAAUAUAUUGCAGAUACUAUAUUAUAAAUAUAAAUAUAAACAUAAAUUAAAAACUUAAGGAAUAGUUAUUUCUACUACUCUAACUUCGUCGCUUCUACGUGUGAUUGUUGUAUAAAACAAACAAAAAAUAACAAAAAAUACGAUUAUUGAUUUAUUAUCAUUGUUAUUACACGAUUAUCAUUACACGUUACGACUACUACUAUUACUAUAAUUAAUUAAUUAUUAUUAUUAUUGCCGAGCGAAAGCAGUCUAGGGAGAACACGAGAGUUGUUGAAAGAAAGAAAUUUAAAGAUGAAUAAUAGAAAAAAAAAAGAGAGAAACGUUGAGAGAAUGAGAGUGAGAGAGAAUAAUAAAGAAUUAUUGUAAGAUCUACGAUGAUCUUUUUUUUCCUACGAUACGAAAGAAAUAGAGGAAAACAAAGUAUUCUGAAUGGAUGUACGAAUGUAUAAUAUCUGAAAACAGACACAGACAAGAUACCGAAAAAGGAAAGAAGCAUAUGUAACGAGCCAAAAGUAGAAAACAAGAGAAAAAUGUUGAUAGCACGUAACGAUCUUUAUUCUACACAUUUAUAAAUACGAGUUUACGAACGUUAAAGUGGGUCAGAAAAAGAGCAGUUUCUAAAUACCCUAUCUGAAUUGAUGAAGAAACGAAAAGUUGAAAUAGUCUUGAGAUUCUUAUUAAAAGAAAUUGAAAUGACAAAAAAGAAAAGGUAGUAUAAGAGAGGAAAAAAGAAGAAAUAAGAAGAUAAAAGAGUGAUUGUUGAAAAAAGGGACGUGUCCCGCUUGGCCACGUCGGAUUUUGCUGAAAGUUGUUGUUCCCAUUGAAUACCAUUCUCUAUUGUCUCUUUUGUUAGUGUACACUCUUGUAGCUUGUAACGUACGUUUAGCGUGUAAUAGCGUUAAUUAAUCAACAGUCUACGAGGUUGUUCUCUCACAUUCCGUACAAGUCUACCGAAAUUUAUCUAAUCGUUGCUGUCCAUUGGCGAUACCCUUCUCGUUACCAAUAUUUCGUUGCUGUUCCGUAAAGUUUUUCAUUUUCUAUCGUGUUAAGUUAUUUGUUGAAUCGAAAAUGAAAGAGAGUUCAAGCCAUUUUAUGCCAUGCACUUCUUCGAUUUGUUAUUUGUUAACCAUUGUUCAUGCGUUUGUUGAAAUGUUCUUCCUAAUCAGAUUGAACCCUUUUCGAUCUGUUAUAUGUAUGUCGCCAUGUAAUAUUUGUUACAACGCGCUCAGCUCAUCUGAAGAUACUAUUUUUUUUUUAUUUAUUCGUCGUCUCGCAGUUUGGAAUCGAAUUUAACACUUUGAUGGUCGUUGUUAAAUAUUUUAAUAUUUAUUUAAUUUAUACCUCGCGAUUUAAAAGUAAAUUUUAUUUCUUUUAUCUAUUAUACGCUGAUUUUCAUUUGAAAUAUAAUAUGGCAAUUUUGUGAUGUAAAUUAUAAAAGCUUCCAAACAUAAUAUUUUGAAAGUGAAAAGAAAUCUAAAAUUAAAUACCCUCAAAGUGUUAAUUGGUGUACCUUUCGUCACAUUGUCAUCCCUCGUUGCAGCAAAUAAAAAAAUAAAAGUUCACAGAGUGUCGUGUUGAAACUAUUGAAUUCUAAAGACACCUAGUCGAUCGCACGCGAUAUGCACCUCGAAGAAGCUACUUUCAGCAGGAUCUGCUUCAACCAAGUAGCGAAACUGGUGCGUGGCGAAAAAUAUCGAGGAGUUGAAAAUAGAAUAGCAAUGAGAGAGCGUAAAGUAUCGAAAGAAUAAUACGUUGCGUAAAGAAAAUCCGUACGGAUCUGAAAGAAAAUAAGAAAUAAAAAACAAAGGUCGAGUAACCGUAGGCAUUUUCGUCGUUAGCUUUUUUCUUCGAUAUACUUCGAUCGUUCCAACGAUUUGAACGAAUAGAUAGAACAAGAACACGUUCGUCUUUAUAUUCUUUCAUCGAUAUAUCCUUUUCGAGCGAUCGCAAUGAUAAAUAGAAAUCAUUCACGUACGAACUUUUACUUUCCCCUCUUUAGGAUUGAAACAAAAAUCUUCUUUGCUUGACUAAAGUUAACUUGUUCCGCCGUAUACGUAUGCACCGAUUACAACGUUUCCUACGAUUUUCUAUUAUUACGUUGCGAGUUGGCGAGAGGCUAAUGAUUGAUGAUUAAAACGGUUUAGGCGAUUCGAAUCCUGUCUCUCUUACCUCUUCCUCAAAUUAAUUCGUCGUUGGUCAUCGUCGUAAUUAAAAUACAAAUCUAUCGAUGACAAGCGAGAGAGCAUGCAAAGGAAUAUAAUCUGUUUUUUCUUAGCAAUUGAGGAGAAUAAAAUUGAUGAAAUUGCAGUGGGUAGAAAUUUGAAAUUAAAUUUAAACUAAAAUUCAAACCUAUUCUGUUUUCUAAAGCAGAAUUAACACUUUGAAUGGUCUAUUAAUUGCAAAUAGAAUAUGCACUAAAUUCACUGAAAAUGAAAUUAAUUUUGUAAAAUUUCAACUUGAAACUUAGAGUGUUAAUUAUAAUUAUCUUCGUCUAAAAGGAUCGAAAGAAGCCUGUUGUCGAAUCGAUCGCCGACAUUUUUGCGCGAUCACCGAGAGAGGAAAGAAUCAGGAUGGUACGCGCGCACAAAAAGCGGCACCGCGCCGUGAAAACCGAAUUACCAAGUUCAAUCGACAGCUAACCGGUUAAUCACCUUAGCUUGUAAUUAAACCUAGUAAGUCGUGUGAACAAUUUGCGUCUUCUGCGUGAUACUCGACGAGUCGCACGCCAAUUUUAUUAACAGCGAUUUCUCAAUGACACCUUUAUGCUAAUACACACCGGUCCCGGGUCAGCCAAAUUCCUCGGGAACGGGUUGAACAGACGUUGAUAACGAAGAAUCAAGUUCCUCCCGUGCGUUUCCGGUGCGCUCGACGCGCACGCUACACCUGAAGCCGCGUAACUUGCACGAAACAUGGAUCGCCAUAGAAAGAUAUAAUUUUUUUAAAUCAUUUCUUGUGAAAAAUAAUUGCAAUUGUUCUAUAUGUAUAGUUUGCUGUUUGUACUUGUAUAAAUGAUUAACAUAUUAAAAUCAGGAAAAUGAUAUUAUUUUAUAAAAGAAAAAUAGUGGUCCAUGAUGGAUGAAUUUCCAAUUUAAUUAAUUUUUUGAUAUCCAAAUGUAUAUUUAUAAAAAUAUGAUUGUUCAAAUUAUAUUUUUAAUGGCGAGUCCCAUGAACGCCGAAAAUCAAAGUAAACCACCGGAAACUUACCAUUUCCGUGUAUAAAUCGAGGAAACUGAUCAAGGUUCGCGGCUGCAAGGAUAGACGAUAAAUAAAACGAGGUCUUCGGCUAUUUCGACAUCUCCUUUCGUCUCUACGCUACUUCGUGUCCGCGUCGAACAGUUUUUUAUCGAUUCCGUACAUUUUUGCGAUCCACCCUACGUAAGCAUAUGAAAUUAAAUUAAUUGUAUAUAGCGUGUGCGUGUGUCCACUGUGCAUGCGUGCGCGUACAUAUAAUACAUAUAUAUUGAGGUACAGCUCGGUUGAUUUUGCACGACGAACACGGCCGAUCAUGACCGAUUUCGACGCGUACGUCGCUUUUGCAGAAAAAAUUUUUAAACGGAAAUUUUAUUCUCAUCGAACUAAGCGUGUCGAUGCACUUUACAUAUCUUGUUCGUUGCCAAUGAAAUAAGGAGCAAACGAAAGGGCGACUUUCUUUAAAUCCUGUUUCCUUUCCUCGUUUCAUUCUGCGAUCGUACGCGUCGAAUGGCUAGAACAGUGUCUACGCUAGACAAAAUUUAUGUCGUUUUGUUCAAAGUUGACACAUGUGUAUAAAUUUGUACAUCGAGGUAAAUUUUAAUUAGCGUAGACGCGGCUUAUGAAACGAACUGUGAAUGUUGUUCGAAGAACAAACCUUUUCGAGCUUAAACAAAUACGAGGAAAUUGAAGAUAGAACACAAUGCGGAACAUAGCAAGGCGAAGGGCGAACACACAAAAUGAAAGGAGAAAGGAUAAAUAUGAGAAAACAUACGGCAAAGACGAAGAAAUAAUAAUAAAAGGAAGUGGGAGGCCGCCGUUUUCGGUGGACGAAGACAAAAACGAUUCUAGCGGACGUGCGAUCCAACUGUGCCUCGAAAAUUAAAAAAAAAAAAAAAA